AAUCGUGCGUUUCACCUACCGCCUGGGCCUUGUCUCCCGAGUCAGUGGCGUCUUGGUUUGGAAGAAAUGGAAGAAAAGGAGCGAUGUGCCCGAUGCCAUUCGGCCCUCCUGCAUUGAGGCCUGGCAUUCACAGAGAGGAAAAUACAGCAAGAAAUUCGUGGGGUUUUGGAGGGGGACGGGGGGGGUGGCGGGUGGGAAAGGGGAACAAGGUCUUGCAUUUUGUAUGAUUUUUUUUUUAAUUAUGCACUUUGACACUGGUGGCAAAAUAAACUAAUCCAAAAGUUAUUUUUCUAUUGAGAACAGAGAAAAGGUGGAUUUUUUUGUCCUUUUGAUUCCAACCUUUUCUCUCAGUGACAAAGCAUAAAUAAUGGACACCAGAGAAUAAGGUGGACCUCAGGAAUCCCGAAGAGACUGAGAAACUGACAUUCUCCCUCAGGAGGGAAGAGUGGGGUGUUUUUAGCCCUCUCUGGAACCUAAAACGAAAAACAUGAGUUGUGUGCCAUGGAAAGGAGACAAGGCCAAAUCUGAAUCCUUGGAGCUGCCCCAAGCAGCACCCCCACAGAUCUAUCAUGAGAAGCAGCGCAGGGAGCUCUGUGCUCUCCAUGCCCUCAAUAACGUCUUCCAGGACAGCAAUGCCUUCACCCGGGAAACGCUACAAGAGAUUUUCCAGAGGUUGUCUCCAAACACCAUGGUGACCCCUCACAAGAAGAGCAUGCUGGGAAAUGGGAACUACGAUGUGAACGUCAUUAUGGCAGCACUUCAGACCAAAGGCUAUGAAGCUGUUUGGUGGGACAAGCGCAGGGAUGUCAAUGUCAUUGCUCUCACUAAUGUCAUGGGCUUCAUCAUGAAUCUGCCCUCCAGCCUAUGCUGGGGUCCACUGAAGCUGCCUCUCAAAAGGCAGCACUGGAUCUGUGUUCGAGAGGUGGGAGGGACCUACUACAAUCUCGACUCCAAACUCAAGAUGCCCGAGUGGAUUGGAGGCGAGAGCGAGCUCAGGAAAUUUCUUAAACAUCAUUUGCGAGGAAAGAACUGUGAACUUCUGCUGGUGGUACCAGAAGAGGUGGAAGCCCAUCAGAGUUGGAGGACUGAUGUGUAACACAGUUCUGCCCAGCCUCCCCUCGCCUCAGCCCCUUCCGUCCUCUAUGCUGUGGCCUCUACAGUGGUUUGCCCUUGCCACUUCCCCAAACAUCUCAUCGGGUUUUUUCCCCUUCAGGUCUGACAGUGCAGUGGGACACGUGUGGACUGUUACAAGAACCACCCAGUGUUUUCUUCCGAGAGGAAGGUAGGAGCGCUCUGCACUCAAAGCCACAGGUUACAAACCCUUGUUUUAUUUAAGAGAGGAGAAAGAGGGGUUUCUAGCUUAUUUCCCCCUUUGUAUGAGGACUCGACACAGUUCUGCUGGAGCUGUCACUGCUGCUCCAGACAUGUCUGCAGAUGCUGUCUCCACUUUCCCUUCUGUACACCAGUGGGUCUGAAGACACAGUACACACAAAGCCUGUGUGACUGGCUUGAAGAACCUGGAGCAUGAGGGUCUCUCAGGAAACCAUCUCCAAAACCCUAGCAGCAGUACAACAUGCUGUCUCCAACCCGUCAUGCCACCCUUUAUCCCCUGUUUUAAGGGUGGUUUGUGGCCAGCUUUGGAGUUUUAUAGCAAAAAGUUCUCUAAUAUUCCAAGCCAUGUGGUUGAAUCCUGCAACAUUCUAGCUUGACAAGCAUUAGAUACUUAAGAGGCAUCUCAGGAUGUAGUUAAAGCCACUCUGGGACAGGCAUGGGUGGCUUUGUUUUCUUCACUAAUUUGAUCCUAUGAGUCCACUACAUUAAUUUAGGAGGCUCUGGGGUAAAAGACCAGGCAAAAGAGCAGUCUUUCCAGUUGACCCACUCUGACAAAAUCAGAAGUCUGCCUUCGACAUCAAAUUCUGCUAGUUUGGGACAGAGUUGGUUGAGAAGAGUACUGUGAAGAUAAGCUUCUCAGAGCCUAAGAGCAGCUAGAAUUGCUAGAUGUCUUGAGCUUGGAGGCUGAGUCACUAUAGUGACAAGCAGAGUCCUCAAGUUGGUAGUUAUGUGUAUUAUGUUAGAGGACCUGGGUUUUACCAUCUUCAAGUAUUGUUUCCUUUCCAAAUCAACUGAGGUGUGACCUGCCCCUACCUCUUGAAAUAGUUGUAGGGCACUUUUCUCUUGUUAAGUUUGGAAUACAAGAGAGGGAGGGGAAUUAAGUAUUAUACAACACACAUGGAUGUAGUUGCCUCAAGGCAGGUGGGCUGGCAGGGAAGACCCACUGCCCUCACAGAUCGAUGGUCUCAGCAAGUCUGAGAGCUGCACCACUGGCCAGCCUUCUCUUCAGUAGCAAAGCCAGCCUGGGGCUUGCAUGUUGAUCCUGAGCAAGCUUAAUGGGGUGAAGCUGGAGUGCAUGUUUACACCAGCACUUUUUCUGCACAUGUAUCUUCAACAAGGCCAUUUUUUAAUGCUGAGUAACAGGCCACUAAAUGGCUACUGCAUCACAGCCUCAGAAACUGGCUGCAGUCUCUUCUGCACCAUUUUCUACACCAGACCUGCUUGGCACCACAGGGAGCUCUUUACCCCUGCACAAUGACAUUCCAACCACCACCAGCCAGAAGUUACAGCCAACCUUACUGAUUGUCAAACGCAGGACCUUGGGUCCAUUGGCACUGUCAGUGAUAGUAAGCCAUUUCCUUGGGAGGGGAGGAAACUCCUCCACAAAUCUGCUUGGGCCUGUGCAAAUGGCAUUUCAAAGGCGUCCUCAUGCACUUGGAGUCCAUGAGCCAAUGGGAUAUGCAAAGACGCUUAAGACAUUUCAGGGCUGGUUUCUCUGUUCAUAUCCAAUUCUGGUGCUUAGGAACAGGGACCCAUGCCGAUGCCCAAGGGCAAAAAGCCCCACUUCCUCUAAGGAAGGGAGCAGGCCUGACCCUGAUGCCCAGUAGGGGGCAACCCUAGGCUUUUUGUUUUUCUUGCUUUUAUUCCUUUUGUUGUUGUUGUUGGCCUUGUGCUGGGUUUGUUUACAAAAGAUGUAUUUUGUUUAACCAAAUAUUAAAAAUGGAAAUCUCUGUAUAUAAAUCCCUUGUCUGCCUGAAUUCUGUAAUUAUGUAAAGAAAAAAAAUAAACUUUAGUAUGAUGCUG